GGUUUCGCCUUUUGUUGGCUGUGACCCCCCCAAUGACCAUAGGAGCCGUAGGGAGGACGUUAGAGACCCCAAAGCUGGGAAAUGGAUUCAGUGGCUUUUCACGAUGUGGCUGUGGACUUCACCCAGGAAGAAUGGGCUUUGCUAGAUCCUUCCCAGAAGAAUCUCUACAGGGAUGUGAUGCUGGAAACCUUCAGGAACCUGGCUUCUGUUGGAAACAAGUGGAAAGACCAGAACAUUGAAGAUCAGUACAAACAUUCUGGGAGAAAUUUGAGAAGUUAUUUGGUAGAGAGACUCUGUGAAAGUGAAGAAAGAGGUCAGUGUGGAGAAACCUUCACCCACACUUUAAAUCUUAAUCCGAGCACGAAAAUUCCUCCUGGAGUAAGACCAUGUAAAUGCAGUGUGUGUGGAAAAGUUUUCCUGUGUCAUUCAUCCCUUAAGAGGCACCUGAAAUCUCACUUCAGACACAAGUCACAUGAGUGUGAGAAUUAUGGAGAGAAGCCACAUAAAUGUGAACAGUGUGGGAAAUCCUUCCUGUCUCUCAGAAGUAUUGAAAGUCACAGGGUGUCCCACAGGAUAAAAGACCCUUUUACUUGUGAGGCGUGUUUGAAAGUCUUUGAUUCCUCCAGUUCAUUUCAAACGCAUCAGCAAACUCACACUGCAGCAAAACCCUCUGACAGCCAGCAGUGUGGGAAGACCUCUGUUUGUUCUAGUUCAUUUCAAACACCUGGCAGACUUCACACAGUAGAAAAAUCUUAUGAAUGCAAACAAUGUGAUAAAGCCCUGAGUUGUUCCACUUCCCUUCAUAGACAUGGAAGAUCUCAUAAUGAAGAAAAACCCUAUAAAUGUAAACAGUGUGGUAAAGCUCUUAGUUCUUCCAAUUCCCUACAAAUACAUGAAAGAAUUCAUACUGAAGCAAAAACCUAUGAAUGUAAACAUUGUGGUAAAACUCUCAGUUCUUCCAGUUCCCUUAGAGUACAUGAAAGAACUCAUGCUGAAGAAAAGUUCUUUGAGUGUAAACAAGGUGGUAAAACUCUCAGAAGUCACAAUUACCUUCAAGAACAUGAAAGAACUCAUAUCAAAGAAAAACUCUAUGAACGUGAACACACUGGGAAAGUACUGAGUUGUUCCACUUCCCUUCAACAUCAGGAAAGUGUGCAUACUGUAGAAAAGCCCUGUGUAUGUAAACAAUGUGGUAAAGCCUUCAAAUAUCAAAGUUCCCUUCUAAGGCAUGAAAGAGCUCAUACGGGAGAGAAACCCUAUGAAUGUAAACGAUGUGGUAAGGCCUUCACACGCAACAGUAACCUUAGAGAACAUGAAAGAACUCAUACUGAAUCAAAACCAUACCAAUGUAAACAUUGUGGUAAAGCUCUCAGUUCCUCCACUUCCCUUCGAUCUCAUGCAAGAACUCAUAACAGAGAACAGUCCUAUCAAUGUAAACAAUGUGGUAAAGCCUUCAGAUUUCCCAGUUCCCUCAAAGUGCAUGAAAGAAUUCAUAGUGGAUAUAAACCCUAUGAAUGUAAACAAUGUGGUAAAGCCUUCAGGCAUCACAGCUACCUUCAAGAACAUGAAAGGAUUCAUACUGAAGAAAAACCCUAUGAAUGUAAACAGUGUGGUAAAGUGCUCAGUUGUUCUAGUUCCCUUCAAUAUCAUGAAAGAACUCACACUGGAGAAAAACCCUAUGAAUGUAAGCACUGUGGUAAGACUCUUCGUUGUUCCAGUGCCCUUCGAUAUCAUGAGAGAAUUCAUACUGGGGAAAACCCCUAUGAAUGUAAACAAUGUGGUAAAGCUUUCACUAUUUCCAAUUCCCUUCGAUACCAUGAAAGAAUUCAUACUGGAGAAAACCCUUAUGAAUGUAAACAGUGUGGUAAAGCAUUCAGAUUUCCCAGUUCCCUUAAAAUGCAUGAAAGAACUCAUACUGUAUGUAAACCCUAUAAAUGUAAACAAUGUGGUAAAGCCUUCAGAUGUCACAACUAUCUUCAAGAACAUGAAAGAAUUCAUACUGAAGGAAAACCCUUUGAAUGUAAGCAGUGUGGUAAAGUACUCAGUUGUUCUAGUUCCCUUCAAUAUCACGAACGAGCGCAUACUGGAGAAAAAUCCUAUGAAUGUAAACAAUGUGGGAAAGCUUCAGUAGUUCCAGUUCCCUUCGAUAUCAUGAAAGAAAUCAUCCUGGAGAAAGACGCUAUGAAUGUAAACAAUGUGGGAAAGCUCUCAGUAGUUCCAAUUCCCUUCGUUGCCAUGAAAGAAUUCAUACUGGAGAAACACCCUGUGAAUGUAAACAGUGUGGUAAAGCCUUCAGAUUUCACAGUUCCCUUCAAAGUCAUGCAAGAACCCAUACUCGAGAAAAAAUGUGAACAUGGUUAAAACCUUUGGACUUUCUAAUUCCCUUCAAAGGCAUGAAGAACUCAUUGGAGGGAAAUAAAAAGCUAUUGGACUAUAAAAAACUGGUGAAGACUCCAGUUUUUCCAGUUCUUUUUGAAAAUGUGGAAAUUCUCACACUGGAGGAAAGCCCUGUGUUAAGAGUUCAUUUGUUUCAGGUCUCUUUGAAGACAUGAAAAUAGUUUUUUUGGAGAAAAUUCCUAUAAAUGUGUGGAAUAUAGGAAUAUCUCCAUUUUUUUCUCACAUCCAUUCAAGGACACAUAAUAAUACACAUUAGAGAUAGACCUUAUACAUAUAAGUAUGCAUGUUGAAUUAAAACCCUAGUAAUUGGCAUGUAAACUUUUGUUGUUGUUGGAUACUGGGGAUUGAACCCAUGGGUGCUUAACUACUGAGCCAUAUCCCUAGACCUUUUUGUUUUUUAUUUUGAGACAGGGUCUCACUAAG